CAAAUCAUCCUCCUGGUGAUUGAUUCCAGCAGAUGUGAGGCUUGCGCCGCUGAGCGAAGAAAAGACGCUACCGCAGGCAUGCCACUGGCGCGCAGUUUGUCGGUCACCUCCCUGUCCGGCCUGGAGGAAUGGGACGAAGAGUUCGAUCGGGAGGAUGCAGUCCUGUUCGAGAUCGCAUGGGAGGUCGCUAAUAAAGUUGGUGGCAUUUACACGGUGAUCCAGACCAAGGCGCGUCUGACCUGCGAGGAAUGGGGUGAGAACUACUUUCUGGUGGGCCCAUAUAUGGAGUCCAGUGUCAGGACGCAAGUGGAGCUGAUCGAACCCUGCAAUGCGGCACUCAGGAGAACCAUUGAUAAAAUGAACAGCAGUGGGUGCAAGGUAUAUUUUGGUCGCUGGCUGAUUGAAGGCUCUCCAUAUGUGAUUCUGCUAGACGUGGGCUUCACGGCCUGGUCUCUGGACCACUGGAAGAGUGAACUCUGGGAGAAUUGCAGUAUUGGUGUGCCCUGGUUCGAUAGAGAGGCUAACGAUGCUAUUCUCUUUGGCUUCCUCACUGCAUGGCUACUGGGAGAGUAUGCAGCUCAGUGUGAUGAACCUCCUCACAUCGCAGCACAUUUUCACGAGUGGCUGGCAGGUUUGGGGCUCGUCUUAUGCAGGCAGCGUCAAUUACCUGUAGCAACCAUCUUCACCACACAUGCCACACUGCUUGGCCGAUACCUGUGUGCCGGGAACGUUGACUUCUACAACAACCUUGCUGAGUUUAAUGUGGAUAAAGAGGCAGGUGACCGGCAGAUCUAUCACCGGUACUGUCUGGAGCGCGCAGCAGUCCGCUGUGCACACGUCUUCACCACCGUCUCUCAGAUCACUGCCAUUGAGGCUGAGCACUUACUAAAACGGAAACCAGAUAUUGUGACUCCAAACGGCCUGAAUGUGAAGAAGUUCUCAGCCAUGCACGAGUUCCAGAACCUCCACGCUCAGAGUAAAGCGCGCAUCCAGGAGUUUGUCAGAGGCCAUUUCUACGGGCAUUUAGAUUUUAACCUUGACAAGACAGUGUUUCUCUUCAUUGCUGGACGCUAUGAAUUCUCAAAUAAAGGAGCUGAUAUCUUUCUUGAAGCAUUGGCCAGACUUAAUUACCUGCUGAGGGUGAAUCACAGUGAUGUGACCAUAAUAGCAUUCUUCAUCAUGCCUGCUCGUACCAACAACUUCAACGUGGAGACCCUGAAAGGCCAAGCCGUACGGAAACAGCUCUGGGACACUGCUCAGACUGUGAAGGAGCGCUUUGGAAAGAAACUCUACGAAUCACUUUUAGUAGGGCAGCUGCCUGAUGUGUCUAAGAUGUUAGAUAAAGAGGACUUCACCAUGAUGAAACGUGCCAUCUUCGCCACCCAGCGCCAGUGCCUGCCCCCUGUCUGCUCUCACAACAUGCUGGAGGACAGCAGUGACCCCAUCCUCAACUGCAUCCGCCGUAUCGGCCUAUUUAAUACCGCUCAGGACAGAGUCAAGGUGAUCUUCCAUCCAGAGUUUCUCUCCUCCACUUCUCCUCUCCUGCCGAUGGACUAUGAGGAAUUUGUGAGAGGCUGCCAUCUUGGAGUAUUUCCAUCCUACUAUGAGCCCUGGGGAUACACACCAGCUGAGUGUACAGUGAUGGGUAUCCCAUCGAUCUCCACUAACCUGUCUGGGUUUGGCUGUUUCAUGGAGGAGCACAUUGCUGACCCAUCAGCUUAUGGUAUCUAUAUUCUGGAUCGGCGGUACCGUGGGGUGGAUGAGUCCUGCAAUCAGCUGACGUCUUUCCUGUUUCAGUUCUGUCAGCAGAGCCGCAGGCAGAGGAUCAUUCAGAGGAACCGAACAGAGCGCCUCAGUGACCUGCUAGAUUGGAGAUAUUUGGGCAGGUAUUACGUAUCUGCCCGCCAUAUGGCUUUAGCGAAAGCUUUCCCGGACACAUUCAUCUAUGAGCCUCAAGAACCCACUUCGGCCACAGGCUUCCGUUACCCGCGGCCCGCCUCUGUGCCCCCGUCUCCCGCCCACUCGCUUCACUCAUCUCCUCAUCACAGUGAGGCUGAGGAUGAAGAGGAACCAUAUGAUGAAGAUCUGGAGGCGGAGAAAGACCGGGUCAACAUCCGCCAACCUUUCAACAUGCCGAACUGGAACAAGAAUCAGACAGUUAGUCUUCCUGAGAAAAACUAAAACACACCCCUACAUGCAUACCUACACACUCUGUAGUUUAUACUGUGAGGCACUUAUAUACACUGUGACACACACACACACACACACACACACACACAUACACAUAACACUCCACUAAAAGUGAAAGUAAAGCCUGCAAACAGUAUGUCUGCAUGUUGGUUUUCUGAAGAGAAAUAAAUAAGAUAUUUAAUUAUUUGGUGAGCCAUAGUAUGUGAUUUUAAGACUUUCUGUUGAAAGAUUUCUCUGGUGUCUUUCAUACGAAGCUUAGUAAAAAACAACAACAACAACAACGGAUUAAAUAGUAGCUAGAGUUAUUCAUAUGACGAUUCAUACCAAAUUGUCAUCUAGCUGUGUGCCGCUGACUUUCAAAUGGCCACUGUUAAAAGACAAUAAAUGUGAAAUGAUAAAAAUAAACGUUACAAACAUUUUUAAAGAGACCUUUAUUAGGAAUGGUUUAAGAAAAAAACAUUAUUUAUACACUCUUUAAAAGAGCUGUCCGACUUUGUUCUUCCAUGGAACACAAAAGAAGAGGUUUUGAAGAAUGUUCGUUAUAUAUUUCUAUAUACAAAAUUAACACAGAGGGUGAUCAGGGCCAAAAAAUUAUAAUACAAAUAUCAUACAAAUAGUCCUUAAAACUCACACUUUAGGUCUUCUGAAGUCAUACAGUAUCUUUAUAUGAAGGACAGACCCAAAUUUAAGCUGUUUACUUUAAAUCAUGGUUUGACAGUCCUAGUAAUUAUUCACUUUCACUGUGCUAAUUUCAAAGAGCUAAACUUUUCCUUGUGUGUUUCACGAAAGCAAGAAAUGUAUACAUCUUUUAAAAGACUUUAGAUUGCAUAAAUGUACUGUAUUCUGAAAACAUUCUUACAGUGCUUUACUCACUGCCAGAUUUCCCUUCACAGUAUUAUGUACUGUCACGAACAUAGUGACUAUCCAGCAGUUUUCUAGGGUUAUUUUUAAAA